AUGGAUUUUGAAUUUCGAGCACAACAAGAUCAAGAUCGACGAUCAGUUGAAGAUCUUUUUGCAUUUCAAGGUCGAAUGAUUGGUCGUGGAACUUAUGGAAAAGUUUUUAAAGCUAAAAGAAAAGAUGGAAAUGAUACAAAUGAUUAUGCAUUGAAACAAAUCGAUGCAACUGGACAAUCAAUGUCGAAUAGUGCCAUACGAGAAAUUGCUUUACUUCGAGAACUUAAUCAUAUUAAUCUCAUUAAUUUACAACGUGUAUUUUUAUCACAUGAAGAUCGUCGUGUUUCAUUAUUAUUUGAUUUUGCUGAACAUGAUCUUUGGCAUAUAAUUAAAUAUCAUCGAGCUGCAAAAGCUUCAAAAAAAACUGUUCCAUGUGCACCGGGUAUGAUCAAAUCGAUUCUUUAUCAAAUUCUUGCUGGUAUUCAUUAUCUACAUUCAAAUUGGGUAUUACAUCGAGAUUUAAAACCAGCUAAUAUUCUAUUAAUGGGUGAUGGUGCUGAACGUGGUCGAGUCAAAAUAGCUGAUAUGGGUUUUGCACGAUUAUUUAAUGCACCACUUGUACCAUUAAGUAAAAUUGAUCCAGUUGUUGUUACACUGUGGUAUCGUUCGCCUGAACUUCUUCUUGGUAGUCAUCAUCAUACAAAAGCAAUAGAUCUUUGGGCUAUUGGAUGUAUUUUAUAUGAAUUAUUAACACUUGAACCAUUAUUUCAUUGUAAACAAGAUGAUAUAAAAGCAUCAUCACCAUUUAAUCGUGAUGCACUUGAAAAAAUUUUUCAAGUACUUGGUUAUCCAUCAGAUAAUGAUUGGCCCGGUAUCAAACAAAUGCCUGAUCAUCCACGAUUGAGUAAAGAAGGUUUUCGAGCUAUUCAUUAUGGUCAUUGUAGUAUAGAACAAUGGAUGAAAAAAGUUUUUCCUAAUGGACAUCCAAGUUUUUCAUUAGAUUUAAUGAAACGUUUUUUAACAUUUGAUCCUAAUAAACGUAUUACAGCUGAACAAGCUCUUACUGAUCCUUUUUUUAAACAAUCACCAUUACCUCAUCAAGACGCUUUCCAUGGUAUGGAAAUUCCAUAUGGAAAACGAGAGUUUAUUAUUGAAGACGAAGACCAACAACAACAGCAACAACCAGCUGUUCAACCUGCACCUCCUCUAAUCGAAGAAUCAUCAAUACAAGUAACACAAGAAAAUUGUCAUGCACCUGUUCAUAAGAUGAUUAUUGUACCAGAACAACAUACACAUGUACAUCUUCUUGCUAUGCAAGAAAAUCAUGAACCUAUUGCAAAACGACUUAAAACACAAGAACCACCUUCUUUCUAUGCUCAAAAACCAUUAGUUUCAUCACAAUUGCUCAGUCUUCAUCAGCAACUUCGACGAUAG